AUGGGGUCAUUACACUGCCCGUCUACGACUGCUAGAAAUAUCUAUAACACUUGCCGUUUUGCGGGAGGCUCCCGACCAAUGUGUGCAUCUCUCAGUGGAUGCAAAAUCGUUAACGGCAAAUGUCCUAACGGAUAUACACAUGACACUCUCCAAAACUCAGGUGAUGCUGUCAAUGAAUACUGUAAGUUGGGAUGUACAUCUUCUGUGUGCGCUGCCAUGGUGACACUCCAAAACUCUGAUGCGAGUGAAACUGUGAGUGGAGCGGUCGCACAAUGCGCAAAGGCAUGUUCUACUUUCUGUACCAAGGGCUCUUCAACUGUUGUUGAGACUGCUUAAACAAGCAUAUCCAUGAAGUUACCACAUCCAAGUUUCAGAGUUUUAUUUUCUUUGUUUGCAACCAUUGUGUGUAUGUGACAAAAAAUGCUAGACUUUGGUGCUAGUAUUUGAAUAAGUUAUUUCCAGUUUGUAUA